GUGGAUCUCGAUCGUGCGCGCGCGCAGUCGUCGCAGCGGCCUUAACCGCCAUGGGUCGUUCUUUGCGCUCGUUCGCCGCGUAUUCGCGUCCCUUCGGAAUAAAGAACGCACGAUACGUCACAAGCGGGUGUCCUUUUUCGAAACGACAACGGUCCCAAAUUGCGCCCACGGCGGAAUUAAACGAGGAAAUUUUUGCCAACGCCAAACCCUAUUCGGAAGUCCCUGGGCCCAAGCCGAUCCCGAUUCUGGGGAAUACGUGGCGAAUGGUGCCAGUAAUAGGGCAGUUCGAUAUAUCGGAGUUUGCUAAAGUGACCAAGCAGUUUCUGGAUACGUAUGGUAGGAUUGUCAGACUUGGUGGAUUGAUUGGAAGACCUGAUCUCCUGUUUGUCUAUGAUGCUGAUGAGAUUGAGAGGAUGUACCGGCGCGAAGGUCCGACGCCGUUUCGUCCAGCGAUGCCGUGUUUGGUGAAAUAUAAAUCGGAAGUCAGGAAGGAUUUCUUCGGCGAUCUUCCCGGUGUUGUUGGAGUACACGGCGAGCAAUGGCGCGCGUUUCGCUCCAAGGUCCAGCGUCCAAUUCUCCAACCUCAAACCGUCAAGAAGUACGUAGCGCCAAUAGAGAUGGUGACCGAGGACUUCAUUAAAUACAUGGAAAAUGCUAGAGACGAGAACGGAGACUUGCCUCAUGAGUUUGACAACGAUAUACAUCGGUGGUCGUUGGAAUGCAUCGGUCGAGUAGCAUUGGAUGUGCGACUGGGUUGCUUGUCUUCGAACAUAAACAGCGAUUCGGAACCACAGAGGAUAAUAGACGCGGCAAAAUACGCGCUCAGAAACGUUGCUGUUUUAGAAUUGAAGGCGCCGUACUGGAGAUACGUCCCUACUCCUCUUUGGACCAAAUAUGUUAACAAUAUGAACUUUUUCGUUGAUAUUUGCAGCCGGUACAUAAACGAGGCCCUAGAAAGGCUUAAGACGAAGAAAGUAACCUCAGAGAAUGAUCUAUCAUUAAUAGAAAGGGUGCUGCAGAGUGAAAAAGAUCCUAAAAUAGCCACCAUCAUGGCUCUUGAUCUGAUCUUAGUUGGUAUUGAUACGAUAUCAAUGGCGGUGUGCUCAAUCCUGUAUCAGGCAGCGACGAGGCUGAAGCAGCAAGACAAGAUGAGGGAGGAGAUAAAGCGAGUGCUGCCCGACCCAAGCAAGCCGAUCAACUACUCCGACUUGGACAAACUGCACUACACUAAGGCUUUCGUUAGAGAAGUGUUCAGAAUGUAUUCAACAGUUAUUGGUAAUGGAAGAACUUUGCAAGAAGAUGACGUCAUUUGCGGGUAUCACAUUCCUAAAGGGGUUCAAGUCGUAUUCCCAACGAUCGUAACUGGCAACAUGGAUCAGUUCGUCUCCAACCCUGAGGAGUUCAGGCCGGAGCGCUGGCUGGAGAGUGACGGGAAGCUGCAUCCCUUCGCCUCCCUUCCCUACGGCUUCGGUGCCCGCAUCUGCCUCGGCCGGCGGUUCGCUGAUCUCGAGAUACAAAUCUUACUAGCCAAGUUACUUCGUCGAUAUCGUCUGGAAUACCACCACGAGCCUCUGGAGUACGCGGUGACGUUCAUGUACGCGCCGGACGGACCGCUGCGCUUGCGCAUGGUUGAACAAACAUAAUACUUGACUAUGGAGUAUAUUGACUCAAUACGCCACCAAAGUAGCUGUUUAUUAUUAAAGAAUCGUACUUUCAACAUUAAAUAUGUCGUAGAAUCUAAGGCUUUUUGGGUAAUUUGUGAAGUUAUUUACUAUGUGUGAUAUUCAUCUUUCUUUUGAUUUUCUUUCUUCUAAAUAUUCCUCUGUUAUUCAAAAUAUCUAACAUGUUUCCAUUGUUGAAAGUUGGUUAUGUUGAUAAUGGUUAUAAGUUUUAUAAUUGAUAUGUAGAGCUAUAAAUUACUAGAGGAUUAACAAUUAUAUUUAUUUUAUAUUCUGUGAGGUAAUUGCUUUAUAUAAAUGUAUGAAAUAGUAUUUUAGGAAUUAUGGAAAUGUUUAUACAAUCUAUUAUUGUAAUAUGCAUAUUAUGUAAAUAAAGUUUAGAUUAUAUUGUAUGGUU